AUGACUAAAAUCCUCCUCCUCGGCGGCCACGGCCGGGUCUCCCUCUUCAUGACCCCGAAACUUGUCGCUCGCUCCUGGAACGUCGUAUCCGUGAUCCGCAACAAAGACCAUAUCCCGGAGAUCCUCGAAGCAGGAAAGAACGGACCCGGAAAAGUCGAACCGCUGGUCGCUAGUAUUGAAGAUGUGAAGAGUGUUGAGGACGCCGGGAAGAUUAUUGAUGGAGUUGGGGGUGUAAAUUGGGUUAUUUGGAGUGCUGGCGCAGGUGGAAAAGGCGGCGCAGAAAGAACCCUCGCCAUCGACCGCGACGCCGCCAUCCACUUCAUCCGCGCCUCUAUCGCUCGUCCCUCAAUCACCAAAUUCCUUAUGGUCUCAGCUCUUUCAUCCCGUCGUACCCGUGCGCCAUGGUGGGACGACGAUUCCUGGAACUUGGUCGACAAAAUGAAUAAAGAGAUCUUGGCUACUUAUUAUAAGGCUAAGUUGGCUGCUGAUGAGGUUCUGACGAUUGAAGGAGGGAAGAGAAAGGGGUUUGGAUGGAUUGAUUUGAGGCCGGGACAUUUGACUGAUGAGCCUGAGAGUGGGAGGGUGCAGAUCGGGAAGACGGUUGCGAAGGGGGGUGUUAGUAGGGCUGAUGUUGCGGAAGUGGGAGCGAGGUUGUUAGAGAAGGAAGGAGUGAGUGGGUGGUUUGAUUUGUUAGGGGGUGAAAAGGAGGUUGGGGAGGAGGUGAACAGGGUGUUGGAUGCUGGGGAGGAUAGUAUUGAGGGGGAGGAUUUGAAGGUUAUGGAGGAGAAUAUUGGGAAGAGUGAUUAG